CCCCGGCCAGGAUGCUGCGGUUCCUGCGCCGGACCUUUGGCCGCCGCUCCAUGCAGCGCUACGCGCGGGGCGCGGCGGGGCGCGGGGCCGCCGGGCUGGGGGACGAGCGCGACGGGGGGCCGCGAGGGGGCCCGGCCGCCGCCGCCACCUCCUCGGUGCUGCCCGCCGCGCCCGGGGGCAGCGUGUUCCCGGCCGGCGGCGGGCCCCUGCUCACGGGCGGCGCGGCCGUGCACAUCUCCGCCUCUGGAGCGGCCAAGGCCACCCUCUACUGCCGUGUCUUCCUGCUCGACGGAACCGAAGUGAGCGUGGACCUGCCGAAACAUGCCAAAGGCCAGGAUUUGUUCGACCAGAUUGUGUACCACUUGGACCUGGUGGAAACGGAUUAUUUUGGUCUGCAGUUCCUCGACUCCGCCCAGGUCACGCACUGGCUGGACCAUUCGAAACCCAUAAAGAAACAGAUGAAAGUUGGACCUGCCUAUGCCUUGCACUUUCGAGUCAAAUACUAUUCUUCAGAACCAAACAACCUUCGGGAGGAAUUUACAAGGUACCUGUUUGUUUUACAACUCAGGCAUGACAUUCUUUCUGGAAAACUGAAAUGCCCCUAUGAAACGGCCGUGGAACUAGCUGCUCUCUGUCUGCAAGCGGAGCUGGGGGAGUGUGAGCUCCCGGAACACACACCAGAGCUUGUGUCUGAGUUUCGGUUCAUCCCAAAUCAGACAGAAGCCAUGGAAUUCGAUAUCUUCCAGAGAUGGAAAGAGUACAGGGGAAAGAGCCCUGCCCAGGCCGAACUCUCCUAUCUCAACAAAGCAAAGUGGCUGGAAAUGUAUGGGGUGGACAUGCACGUUGUCAGGGGAAGAGAUGGCUGUGAAUAUUCUCUUGGACUGACCCCGACAGGCAUAUUAAUCUUUGAAGGAGCUAACAAAAUAGGCUUAUUCUUUUGGCCUAAGAUCACCAAAAUGGACUUUAAAAAGAGUAAACUGACCCUCAUAGUAGUGGAGGAUGAUGACCAGGGGCGUGAGCAGGAGCACACCUUCGUGUUCAGGCUGGACAGCGCGCGCACUUGCAAGCACUUGUGGAAGUGUGCUGUGGAGCACCACGCCUUCUUCCGCCUGCGCACACCCAGCAACAGCAAGUCCACCAGAUCGGACUUCAUCCGCCUAGGCUCCCGCUUCCGGUUCAGCGGGCGGACAGAAUAUCAAGCUACACACGGCUCCAGAUUGCGAAGGACCAGCACCUUUGAGAGGAAGCCUAGCAAGCGCUACCCAUCCCGGCGACAUUCCACAUUCAAAGCAAGCAACCCAGUGAUUGCUGCUCAGUUCUGCUCUAAAACAAAUCCUGAAGUCCAUAAUUACCAGCCUCAGUGCCAUCCUAAUGUCCACCCCAGCCAGCCCCGGUGGCGUCCCCACUCUCCAAAUGUCAGGUUUUGGCCCAAUGACCUAUCUAGCUACCCGAUCUCCUCCCCAGCACUCAGCCCCACAGAAAGGCUGCCUUUUGGCCUCGAGGAGAAUGGGGGCACACCUUUCGCCCCCAAAGCUUCAGGGAGACACCAUCACCAGAACCAGCACCACUCCAACUAUGGCCUUUCGCUGCCCCUGGAGAAUAAGGAGGGACCACUGAGGUCCCCAAACUCCAGCAAGGCCCUCAACAAACUGAGUCCAGGAGCACCUGCCCUGUACAGCGAAGCAGCUGCCCAUCUGAAGAAGCUGGAGCUGGAGACGGUGAAGACUGCGGGACCCUGGCCUGCCCUACACAUCAACAUAAACAAGGCCGAGGAAAAGAAAGUUUCCGAGAAGACCCUUCAGACCCCGCUGCUGCCAUCGCCGGUGGCAGAUCACGUGAAGUGUAACAUUUUGAAAGCACAGCUGGAGAAUGCCUCCCGUGUGAAUGCCCAGAUUGGAAAGGAGGAGCCCACAUUUGUAAAUAUCAAUAAAAAAUCAAGUCUCCAGGACACUAAUGUAAGAAGCCCUAUUCCUAUACGUGUGGAAACAGCCCAGCCAGCUAUGGAGAAGCCAGAAAUCAAGCCUCCCAGAGUGAGGAAGUUAACAAGGCAGUACAGUUUUAACCGCAGUGAUGAAGAUGACCUCCCUCCAGACCUGGCCGAGGCAGUGGGAACCACCACAGUCACAACCACAAACACCACGAUGUCUGCCACUCAAGUCUCAGUGCCCCUGGCAUCCCCCCAAAUCCAGAAAGUCACCUCGCCUCAGAAGUCGGAAGUCAAGAGCCCACUGUCCCCAGGGGCCAAGAGCCCCUCUGACCAUGGAGGCACCUUUACCUUGGGGCCAGGUGACCUGCUGAUGGACUUCACAGAAGCCACUCCUCUGGCAGAGCCCGCCAGCAGCCCCCACUGUGCCCACCCUCGCUGCUCUCCUCCACUCUCUCUCCCAAUGAAGGAAGAGACCACUGGAGUUUGCAUGUAUCCUCCAAUCAAAACGAGGCUGAUAAAAACAUUCCCGGCGGAACCGAUGAUGAACCCGUUUCCUGAUCCCUUCACUGCAGGGCCACAGUUCACUGCAGACUUUAGAGAGAACAGAUUGCCAUGCUGUCCUGGCCAGUCUUCUCCAUUGAUUCCAACAGCAACCCUGCGGCCACUGACAGAGACCGUGUCCACAGUACAGACCAUCUACACCUAGGAAGCCUGUCUCUCUGGCAGCCAGUGCAGAGACACUCCGGCAAGAACUGGAAAGAGAGAAGAUGAUGAAAAGAUUGUUGAUGACGGAACUGUGAAACUCUGCCCUUGCUGCUUGGAGAUGGCAUGGUGCCUUCGUCCGCUGCCUUUCCUCGGGCUCAGGGGGUUCACUGUGGCACAAUGGAUAGCAGUGUGCUCUGUUCGCCCAGGUCUCCAGGGUAGCGGAAGCCAGAUUCCGGCUUGACUUCAUUGGAAAAGUUAUCUUAUGUCUCCUGAGCACGAGAGGUUUUGUUCUACUGCUCAGUUCAGUGGAGACAGGGUUUAGAAGGAAGUUUCUAGAAGAAAAGGGAUUUCUGUUCAGCGGUACCUAUGUGUAUCUGUUAGUAACCCCAGGGGCUAACGCAGCACAGAAUCCUCCGCUCAUACUCUCAACUAUG